UACAGUCGAGGUGACAUGUAAACAUGAGAAAAAUCUCCGAAAUAUACGGAAGUCACAUGUUUGAGUAAUUAUUUUUAUUUUCGCGGGUUUUCGUGAGUUUUUUUGCUAUUGUAGCCUUGAAACAUCAGCGUGCCGCGGGUUUUUGUUUUUAGUUUUUUCGGUACUGCGGGAUUUUAACUUGAGUGUCUGUGUUUCGGUCUUAGCACUCACCGUUUUUUAAUUCAUUUAUUUAUUUAGGUUCCGGUUUUUUUUUGUGUUCUUUGAUGGAAUUUACGGCCAGACUACCGGAACGAAUCGUCUGUAUCGGCAAAUAAUGUGAUCUUCCGUCCCUUCAGUACCGACCACCAGGAUGUUAAGCGUGCCGGCGCCCACCGCCACGGCGCCCCCUUUGGGGGAUCCGGUAGCAGCCCAUACGGCGAUUCCACCUCAAGCCGCUUUUGCGCCCCCCGACACCGAUCAAGCACAAUUCGAAGCUGACAAAAGGGCUGUUUAUAAGCAUCCGCUCUUUCCUCUUUUGGCACUUCUCUUUGAACGCUGUGAACUGGCCACUCAAUCUUCCGAACCCCAAUCCAGUGAUGCUUUUAACAUGGACAUUCAAGCGUUCGUGCAACACCAGGAACGAGAUCGGAAACCGUUUCUGGCUAACGAGCCCGAAAUUGAUGGACUGAUGAUUAAGGCCAUUCAGGUACUCAGGAUACACCUAUUAGAAUUGGAAAAGGUCCAGGAACUUUGUAAGGAUUUUUGCAAUAGAUAUAUUACCUGUUUGAAAGGGAAAAUGCAAUCUGAAAAUUUGCUUAGGUCUGACUAUCCUCAGGAUAUUUUAGGAAAUAGCAUAAUGAACAACAGCAUAGAGUCCAACAAUAACAGCAUGAUGUCGCACGGAAAUUCAGAAAGCGGCUCAGCCUCCAAUAGUCCAGUACAAUAUUCCAUUAGUCCACAUGCAAUGGUUCCUCAACAACCCCCACCCCUAGACCGACCGCCGGGUACUCCAGGGAUAGAGCAGCCUCCUUACUCUCUUCCUCACUAUGGCGGACCCACUCCUCCUCUUCAGCAGACGACGGGGCUGCCAGCGCAACCAUCACCUGUGCCUCCCGUGGCAGAAAGUUUGGUCGUGCAUGGAUCUACCCCUCUUUCUCAAAUUGGUGCUCACCUAUGUCAACCAGUGCCAGCCCCACCUUCCGACUGUUCGGGGCCCCUCUCCCCUGCCCCUACCACCCCUGGGGGCAGCAACGACGACUGCGACAGCGAUUUUUCGAGGGGCGGAAAAAAGCAAAAAAGAGGAGUUUUACCAAAGCAUGCCACCAGCGUGAUGAGAUCGUGGUUAUUUCAACACUUAGUGCAUCCCUAUCCGACCGAGGACGAGAAACGUCACAUCGCUGCCCAAACAAACCUGACGCUGUUACAAGUGAAUAAUUGGUUUAUUAAUGCGCGUAGGCGAAUUUUACAGCCCAUGUUGGAUGCCAGCACGCCUCCAGGUCAGGAGGGAGGACAAGCGCACUCACCCGGAGGAGGAGGAACAAAGAAAAAGAAGAGUCAGAACAAUAACAGGCGGUUCUGGCCACAGGAGUUUGGAAGUAUGCAGGCCAAUCUUGACAGUAGCAUCUUGUCAAGUUCAGACGACGAGGGCGACUCGUACAGCAGCGAUGAGGAGGGCGGCGGCCUAGUAAUCGACGCCCCUCCGCCACCCAAUGAAGUUACCCAAAACGGCCACCAGGUGGCGGAGAAUUUGACAGCUGUCUACAAUAACGGUGACCUCGAUACCACACGACCGUAAAACUAAUAAUAACCGAUUGUUCGAAAGUGGGAGAAGUGCAAAAGCCAAUAGAAAAUACAUGUUCCUUAAGUGGUAAGAUGACGCUUUUUAUAGCAAAAAAGGACAAAAUUUAAGUUAAAAAAUUGACUAGAUUUGUUAUGUAUAAGGCUGAUUUUUAUGUCAUACCAGGACGAUUCCAAUCAUGUCAUUAGUUUUUUUUUAAUAUGAAUAAUAAUCGUUAUUAUUUACAUAUUUGUUCAUAACAUUAUUGUUCUUAAAUAACAAUCGUUGAAACGGCCAAUCAGAAGCUUAAUAUAAGAUGAACAGAGAUAAAUUAGCAGAGCUUUGUCAAAAACAAUACCACUUUAAUGUUAAGUGAUUCCAGUAUAAAAUAAUUUCUUCAGAAUAUUACUCAAUGAAAUAUAAAAACUCUCUGCGUAGGCUGACAUUUUCAGGUGGCAAGGAAAGGUUAGACCAUAUUAUAAAUUCGUGAAGGACGAAAUAGUGUCAGAAAACUCAUAAUAUUUUUGAUUGCCAUUUAUACAUUAAAAUGUUUCAUUUACAUAUAAUCAAUAGUACAAAGCGGGUUCGAAAACGUCAAUUUUAUAUGGUAAUUAUUUCCUGAAUACCAUUACGUAUUUUAAUUAUUAGAAUUGUAUAUAUGACACCUAACUCCAAUCUGAAUAAGUGCUAAAAAAUAGGUUGAAAAAAAGAGUAAAACCCUUUUAAAAGAAAUUUUUGUAGUCUGUAACAAUCAAUUGAAUUUUAUAAAUGGGUACGGGUGAUUAAAAUAUUAAAACUGUAUUUGCAUUACAUAAACAUGCGCUAAACUUUAUAACUCUUACUUUUUCUGAGAUCUCAAUGGUGAGCAUCGAAUUUGAGACACGCUGUAGACGCACGCUCUCCUAAUUGAUAAAAAAAACUCAGAAGUUUCUUUUUAGCAUCUGAUUGGCCUAAACUCAAUUACCAUCUAAUUGUUAUUUAAAAACAAAAUAAAUUUAUUCCUUUACACCUUGUAUACGUAAUAAUAUACCUCAGUGUUUAAAACGGGUGCCGAUUUGGAAAAAAAACUAUUAAGAUGCCUGCCAGUAUCUCAUAUCUUUUGGUGUAUACGGAUUUAUUUGGAAAAAAAAACUUCUUCGUUACUUCUAUUAUACCUUCUACAUAAAUAUACGUAAACCGAACGAAGCGACAAAUAAAAUCGUUUCGCUGCCAUAUAAGAACCAAAAAAAUUCAAUCGUUGUCCACACUUUAUAUCUAAGUUACUUUUCUCGAUGUAUACGCAAUUUUAAAGUUACUGCUAAAAAUGUUUAUAUAAAUGAUAAUGUGCUCAUACAGUAUUAUAAUGGUGUAUAAUAAUAGUAAAUAUAGCAGGUGAUUUUAUUCUCUUUACUUCUUUUAAUAUUAUAAAACGAUCAUUCUAAGAGGAUAAGAAUCAGAGAAUAAUGCUGGGUUCACGUAGCAAAAUAAAAUGACAAGUUUGGUUCACUAAUAAAAGUGUUGGUUUUGAGCAUGGGCAAGUAGGUUAUUAUCAUUUUAUUUACAGAAAAAACUAUUAAACAUCAUUCUGAUAAAUAACUAUAAAAAUGUUAAGUAAUUGAAGGGUGGAAAAGCUAGAGAGCCUAAGUGCCAAAAACAUAAUUUUACAGGAGAGCGUGUUUUAAUUUGUGGUACUUAGGUCGCCUAGCUUUGACGUGCUGAGAAGGUUUUAAAUUGGAGGGCCUAAGUACCGUGUUAUUAUUAUUGGGUAUUUUAAACAACGGAUUGUGAACAAAACUAAAAAACUUUAUUUCUCGAAAAUUUUAGUUAAAAAAUAACAUUCUGUAUUAAUACAAAGAAAAGAACCAAAACUUAAAAUAAAUGAACAAAUUAAACUAGUUUGGAAGACAUCUGUAGAAUUCCUUAUAUUCUUCUUUACCAAGAUACGGUACCAUCUCCAAUAAAUUUUUCCUUUUAUCUUGGUUUAUUACUACUCCUUUAGGUUUUUCCAGGAAUGUUACUUCUUUUAAGUGUUGAAAUGUCUUUCCUUUUUUAAAUAUUUUAAUUUUAUAUCAGUUUUCGCAUGUGCCAUUUGACGUUUUCAUUUCAAUAUAUCCUUCCCGUAAAAGACUGUCAGAAAUUCUAAUUCCUGUGGCUUUAGAAAUGUUCAUAUUUUUGGUAUUUACAAGUGUAUCAGUUGUUUGCUGAAUUUUAAAAAAGUGCCCAACUGAAUCCAUAUCUAUGGGUUCCAUAUCUAUGGGUCCGACUUCAAAUGGGUUAUGGUAUCUCGCCGUUUUUACAAUAUCGAGUAAUUCUGAGGGGAUAAAAGCUUUUGAAUUUCGUUUUCUUUUCUCUAUUACAGCGAAAUCUCGAUCACAGCUGAGAAAGCUGUGUCCACUGAUAAGAAAUUUGUGAGUAAUUUCUUUAAAUUGGCCAUGAGCUACAAGCCAAAUUAGCAAAAACAGCAUCAUGCGAUUUUUAUUCUGGCCAGUACAGUUAUCUUACCAGAUGAUUAACCGUUCCUUGUAGCAGAAAGUAUUAGGUUCGUUGAGUACUGUAAGAAGACAGGAGGCAAUUUCGUCACCACCUCUGGAAGCUGUGGCCUCAUGCCACAUACACAUGUAGGCCUUAUUAAUAUUGCUAAUGUGUACUGCCAAGUUAUAACACGAAAGCUGUCUUUUAUAAAACAUGUCACUAUGGGUUAAUGUUGGAACGAACAUAACCUGUUGCAAGUCUAUAAAAAUGACAGUAAACUGACUAGAUGGCAAGGUUGAAUUAGAAACAUCAUUAUGCAUAUCUGCAAGAGCAGCUUUGUAUUUGCUAUGAUGCAAAGCUAAUUUCGUUUUGGCCUCAGAACUUUCGGAGUUAUUCAAAUUAAUAGAACAUGCCAAAAAAUCGCACGUCUUGCAUGUGUCGGUCCUUGGUCGAUGAAACGACAGAUUGGGGAACUUUGUCUUAAAUAUUCGACUAUAAUAUUUGUAUGUAACCACGGAAUUUGGAUAUUUAUCUUUGAAUGCAUGAAAAAGCCGGUUGAUGUUAAGAUCCGGACUAAGGUACUUUUUAGAAGACUGACUUCUUCCAUAAUGACUCUCCUCUGCCGGAAUUGAGUUUAUAUGAUUUAUAACAGAUAACUCAUCCCUUUCAGUAAACUUUAGGUUUUUUACUCCCCUUUUUUCUUUAAAGAUGUAUUCCCCAUUUUGCUUUCUUAAAACAAGAUUGUGUACUCUCUUGUCGGACAAAGCGAAUGUGUUACAAAAUGUUUUUUUACAUACGUGAAGUAAUUUUCCUGCUUUAUCUGGAAUCUGGUAAUAAACUGAACAUUGCCUUCGACUCGCAGCUGGCGUGUCAUAGUGGCCAUGACGCCUUCUUUGAAUUUCGGCUAUUUGUAUGAUUCCCAUUAGGUAGGUUCCUUGGUUUUUUUCAUCAAGUGAACAGAAAUCUUGGUGAAGCUUUAACCUUUGUUCAAAGGAAAGCACGCGGCAACUGUACUUGCAUUUACAAGUUACCUACAAAAAAACAACCUUAAGUAUCCAAUGAAAUGUAUUAAUCAAUUAUUUUAAGAUCAUUUAAAUCAACAAAAACAAUACUGAUGUCAAAACUAGGUAGGUACCUAAUACAAAGAAUUGGUAAUUUGGUCAAUAAAAUUAAGCCAUUUAAAGUUAACUAAAAAGUUUUUGUGCGAAUUACUCUCUUAUAAACAAAAAUGCUCAAUCAUUUUAUACCAAAAGCAUCUACACCAUGUUGUACCUACCUAUAAAGUUAAGAGGCGUGGUUUUUAACCAAGCAACAUGCUGGUCGUGAAACGUUAUUGAUAUUUCCGCGUUAAAUUAUUAUUGGAAGCAAUUUGACAUAACCAUAAACUUACCAUUUCCGCUGGCAAUGAUUUUGCAGGCCGCAAUCUGCCACUUUUAGUUUGAUAUUCGUUUCCACUGACUCUUCUUUUAUUCCUGUCAUUUUUCUUAUUUAUUUUAACCUCCAUUUGCACGUUUUCUUCCAUGGCAAUAAAAAUUUAACGCAAACACGUUCGAAGCAGAAAGUAAACUGACAAAUAAAUAAUAAGGAACAAUGCGACAGGCGCCGCUGUUGGCACUUAGGCCCACAAGCUCGACCUGCCUUUCUGGAGAUAGGUCCUACGUUUAUGUCAUGCGUGUUUACUGGCGCUUUCAAUGGUUAUAUGGACUUAGGUCGCUUAUAGGACAUCCAUCCCAGUAAAUAGGUCUGUUUUUUGCAAAAAUGUUAAUACUAAAAUUUUUGGCACUUAGGCUCUCUAGCUUUUCCACCCUUCAAUUAUGUUCUUAUAAUUUUCAAUUACGGUAGCUGUGAGAUGAAUAAUUUGUUAGACAUUCUAUUGCGUUUCCUGCUAACAGAAUUCAACAUUUUUUCGGGCUCUAGCAUUGAAAAAUACCGUAUUCGUUAAUAAUCACAUUUCUGACAAGAUAAUCAUUUGUUAAAAUUAAUUAAAAUAACGUUAUCAAUUAUAUUUUCAAGAAAAAGUAUUUAUAAUUAUUUAUAAUACAGGCAGUAUUCACUCUUGUCCGAGCAUAUAUUGUUUUCAUAGUGUCCGAAUUAUAGAGACAAAUUCAGUUUGUACCAAUUUAUUGACACUAGUAAAAAGAAUUAAGUACAGAGUAUGUACAGGGUGGCCAUUUUGUUAGAGGCCUAUACCUUUUUUCCCAGAAUCUGCAGGUUUGAAAAAAACUAAGGGCAAAGCUUUUUAGCUUUAAAAGAAGUAUUAUUUUAUUACAUUUUUGUACAGGGUCCGGCAAAAUGAUCUCCCACAUUUUGAUUUUUAAUAAAAACGCCAAUGUAAAUGCUAUUUAUAUUUUAUUAACUAAAAAUAUAUGGUAUGCCAGUUUGUUUUUAUUAGGUUUUGAAAAUUACAGAGUCCAAGUGGCGACCAUUUCUUUCGACACACAUUCGAAGCUGAUUUCUGAAAGUUUCCAUUACUCGAGCAGUAAUUUGAGGCGAUAUUCCUGUAAUUUCUUGGCGUAUUGCUGCUUUCAAUUCGUCAAUGGUUCGGGGAUGAUGUUGAAAAACCUUCUCUUUCAGGUAGCCCCAAAGGAAAAAGUCGCAUGGGGCAAGAUCGGGUGAACGCGCAGGCCACCCAACGUCUCCACGUAACGAGAUUACGCGUUCUGGAAACAUUUCCCUCAACAGGUCCUUUGUCCUUCUUGCCGUAUGAGCUGCAGCCCCAUCCUGUUGAAACCACACAUCGAGAUGUUCAAGUUCCCUAAGUUUUGGUUCCAAAAAAUUACGUAGCAUGUCGACAUAUCGAUCAGCAGUUACGGUAACGUUACGUUACCCAAACUGAUUUUGACUACAGUGGCGAUUUAUAUUUUUCUCAAUAGAUAUCAUAUGUUAGCCCUGAUAAAUCCUCCUAACCGUAGAAAAUCCAAAUUAUCUGAAGUAUAACAGGUGUCCGGAGUAUUAAGAAGUAAUAGAUUUUAACAUAAACUAAUCCCAAUAAGUUAAAAGUGAUCGACUCUUAUUUUCAGAUUUAAUUUUUGUUUUGGUUAAUCCUACAUGAACCUUAUGAAGAAUACCUUGAACUGUCGUAUUUUAUUUUGUACGUGACCCAACAUAAAAUGACAAUUGAAAUUUGGUUUGUUCAGUGACUUUGUUGCGAUCAAUCGAAUAGGGAUAAAUAUAAAUAUACUUGUCAAAUUAUUAAAAAGAAAUUAGGGUUAAGACUGUAUUUUUAAACAUUAGCGAUCAUCUCAAAAGAUAUCUCUUAUUGUUUAGAUUUAAGUUGCAAAGUAUACGUAAACCUCACUACGUUGUGAUUGUAAAAAUAAUUAAUUGUAUACGAUAUAAAUAGUACAAAUGCCAUUGUCUUUACAUUCCCAUAUACCUCUUAGUUUAAUUGUUAUCUUCGAGAUAUCUUUUGGGGUGUGCAGUGAAGUAUACUAACUUGGAACUUAUAUACGUAAAAACAGCAUUACAAUAAAUAGGUUUAGGUAUUUUAAAAUUAUAUUAUAUUAUGUGAAAUUUCCAUCCAAAAUGUUUUUUUUUAUUGUUUAUUUCAAGAAACUUAACAGUUUUCUUAAGGAAUAACAUUGAUAAUGUUUUAUCUUCCAGUAUACGUAAUAAUCAAAAGUUACUCAAAUGUGAAUGUACAUGAAUAUGAAGCCCUCUACCUUUUUUUGGCAUAUAAAAAUAUUAUUAGUAAAAAGUACAUUCUAUUUAGUGAGUUUUGGUAAAUGAAAGUUUCUAACUUUGUGACUAUAAUUGUACAUAGAUGUUGUGUUAAGGAUGCUAAAUGUAGCGUAAGUAACAGUUUUUUUUUUAAAUUUGUUUUAAGGUAAAAUUGGGUGUUAAACCCAAAUUCGAAAUGUUAAUUCGAUUAUUUUGCAAUAUUAAUUUUUUUACAGAAUGUCUGGACAUGGGUUUUAAACAUUCUGUAAAAUAUUUUCUUCAGAAGCAAUAUUAAAGGCUUUUUGUAUAAUAUAAUGAGGUAAAAAUUAAUUUUUGUGUUCCGUCGAUUCACAUUUAUUUGCUAUGUCAGUCUGUGAUAUAUAUUAUGAAAAAUGCGCUCGUGUCUCAGUAAUAAUUCCAAAAAACGUAAACUACUGUACUUUAGGUUAGGUUUCUUUAGGACCUUUUUGAAGAUUAUCUUUUAAUUAAGCUUUUGAAAUUAAACAAUAUAGUACAUGUCUCUAUCUUGAAAUAGAAUAUACAGCAGUAAAUAGCGAAAAAUGUUAAUUUGCAUCGUCAAAAAAAUACGACCGAGAGACAGUGCGUUCUAUUUCACUACAGAAGAUUAAUUAUUAAAUGAUCUUCUUGAUUCAACUCAGUAAACAAGGCAUAAUCUUUUUUUAAAAAAGGAAAUUUAAUGAAAAAAGCCGAGGAUGUAAAAUCGUAUAAAAAAGUUCUUCUUAAGCAAUUGUGGCAGCCAAAAACCUUAAUUUUAAUUUUUUUAUAAAUUGUUUCGUAGUAUGUGAUACCAAGUUUUUUCAUAAUUUGUAGUCUUCUUCCAGAUAUUUUACUUCUUUCUAAAUCAAGUGAGUUUAGAUCUUUGUAUAAUCGCCACCUCCUCUCAACCAGAGUCGAGAUACAUCUGCUAAUGUUACGGCAAUAUUAAGGAAAACACUCGACAUAUGUCAGUUUCUAUUUUAUUAUCAACAUUAAUCAAAAUAUAUCAUUGGAAUCUUUGCAGUGAGCUCAACUCAAGAUCCGUGCGUACUUAUAUGAUGUACAAACUUUAGAUAAGGUCACAACUUUUAAACCCAUUGUAAACACAUAUGUUUGUCCCAGCUGGAAUAAGGCUUUUUUUUCUCGAAAAUCGUUGGAAAAACAUGUUAUAGAAAGCAGCCUUUGAUUCAUUUAUUGGCAUCAAAACUCUAAUUUUCUCUUCUUGGUCUGUUGAGCAGUAAUGGGACUCCAAAAAAAAAAGAUUUUAAAAAUUACAAUAGACUUUUACAGGCUUCAAGACUUUUACAGGCAUCUUCAAAGUUCUUUGAUCAAAAAGUGGUGGGAAGAAGUCAGAUUUCUAUUUUGAACAAUAAGAGAGCGCGAAUGUGUAUCGACCUAUAGCCCCGCUGUUGAACAUCGUACUUCAAAUCACUAAACUUUGAAGUUGAAAACUACUAUGUUUUCUUUCGUUUAAUCCUGUCAUGGUUCUUUUCUUUUUCGUUGUCUUUUAACUAAUUGCUGUUUCUUUUAGUAGAAAUUUAUAAUUUUGCAGUACCUAGUGUGUGGCAAGUAAUAAGAUGAAUAAGAUGAAGGAAUCUAAAUCUGUAGAUUUUACGAGAACAGCUGUUUCUAAUUUAUUCUAUUUAUCUUAUUCUAAUGUAGGGUUCGUUGAAGUUAUCAACUAGGGAAACAGUAAUAUAAUUUCUUGAUAAUUAUUAGAGUUUAGCACAUUUUCGUUAAUAGAAGUGAAUAUAUUGGUUAACCGUUAGGGGAACUACAAAAUUGAAUUUCACAUUUUAAACAAAAAUAGUGCUUUCACUUAAAUAAUAAUCUUAAGUAAUAUUUUUGAUUUAACUGGUGUAUUUCUUGUGCUUACCUAUUUAAGAAAGACACUAUUUAAUAAAAAAAUGUGAUAAAAUAUCACACCUGAUAUUUUACAAAAUACUAUGACACCGUCUUCCUGUGGUAUUGGUAGGGUGGUCGAAUAACCUACAAUAUGGAGCUUUAACGAAUAAUUUUAUAUUGUCCUAGCUGAUCUCUGGUAUGACAAUGACCAAUGCAUUUUUUUCCACUAAUAUAAAUCGUCUAUCGGCACAAUAUGCAAUUUAUCGUAUUUAUAACAAUUCUUUUUUACAAUAACGAAAAAAAUACAUAAAUAUAUAAUUUUGUAUUUUUUUUCUUAAAUGUAAAAAUUACUUUCUUUGUUGGUGUAAAAGAACAAAUAAAAAAUUUUUUUCAUAUUAAUCCCAUAUUUUUCUCGCUCCAAUAAACAUUGACUGCAUGUAAUUUUGAUAUUAAUCUUUAAAUAAGAAUUUACAGUUUGAUAUUGUCAAAAAUCAAGAAAAGCACACCCUAUCGAAUUUAAAAGAUUGACAUAUAUCUACAAACUUAUAAAAAAUCCGCUUAACUGUAUUGACAAAGUAGAUUUGCCCGAGAUGUUAUUUUCAUAAAAAUUCACGUUUAUUGUCAAAAAGUUGAAAUUGACGGUUUAGGUAACCAAAUUUUCUGCCUCAUGAAAACCCCGUUUUUAGUCAAAGUAGACUUAGUCAAACAGUAGCGUCCCGUCUAGUUUAGAUAAAAUUAGAAUUAGAAAUUAAAUUGAAUGUAAAAUGGUCCACUUUCUGUGUCAUAUAUUUUCUUUAAACCAAAAGGAUUGACAUUAAAUAACAAAGAGUUGACCUUGAAAAAUCUUUCUAAAUUGCAACAAGGCGUUCCUCUUAAUUGUACCCUAUCAUAACUAUAUUUCAUCAAUUACGAAUAAUCGCGAAAAUUACAGACUUGCGUCUUCAAAUUUUAGUUUUUUUGUACUAUCUCUUUAGAAUGAGUUUAGUCCGGAUGUUUCCAUCAUCUUGAACUGCAAUUUUCCCUUUGAAACAUCAACUUUCAAACUCUUUUUAUACAGCUAAAAUCCCGAAAAUAAACGAAAAAAAAACAGAUUUUUGUAAAAGUCAGAUCUACAUUUUAUACUGAUGAUACAUUGAAAUUAGUUCCUAAUAAAUAUAUGUACAGGGUCUUUCCUCAUAUAUUGACCCCCUCUCUACAGGGUUUUGGUGGAAAGUAAACAAAAAAAAUUUAAACGGAACUUUUGAGGUUUGACUUUAAGUUUUUGAAUCCGAUGUCAAUCUUUUUCUUUUAGAAAUGUCAAAUUUUCACAGAUGGUCAGUUUUUUUUCUUAUGUAACAUCCAAUAUAUGACCUCAUGGUUAAAAAGAGCCGAAUUUCUGAUUUAAAUAUAUAUAGUUUAGCUACUUUUAAUUAAACCGUUUUGGAAAUAUUGGUCUCCAAAUUUUAAAAAAAUAACAUAUUGAAGAUCUUGGUACGCUGUCUAUUGUUAGUGUUUGAUCUUUAUUAGAAAACAAAUGAGGUGGUCAGUGGAAAAGUGGUAUAACAUUGACAUGAUUUUGAGUAAUCUAAGGUCAAAGUUAAUGGCUAAUAGUAAAAUCCUAGUAAAAGUAAAUCCAAGAAUGGUUACGUAUAUCUAUUUGAAAAAUUCUAAUGUUUUCUGGACUUAUAUAUCCGGGUUUUAAAAAUAUUGUAUUUUUCUAAAAAACUUAGUUUUUCUCACUUGUACCAUUUUGCCAUACAUGAUGAUUUGGGGUAAAAGAAGUAUAAGUGACAUAAAAGAUACUUUAUUUAAACAUUCUGAAACAAAGAAGUGAAAAAAAAAAGUAUAAUGAAUACAGUUUGUCUUAUCUAAUCUUCAUCAGAUUCUAAAAUAAUCCUGUCACUUUCAUCUACUAUAUCUUCGUCGCUGUCACGUCGCUCUUCUGUACUGCCAGCACCUGCUUUGAUUUUCUUUUUAGGUGCCGUUUCUUGCCUGCUCCGUUUUUGACUUUUUGAAUCUUCAUGUGCCAAAUUCUUGUAAAAAUUGUGGUAUACCGGAGGUACAAACUGCAACAGCUCUUGAAGAUUUGCAUAAAAUUCAAAAUCGCAAGCAGAUGCUUCAUAAAAUUCAAUUAUUGCACUUAGAGUGUCUUUAAAUUUCAUUGUAAAUGGUUGAUCUUUUUCAAGUCUUAUCCAUCUAAUUUGUCUCCAGGUAAUCUUCCUUUUUUCCUUGUCAUUGCGAAUAAUGGUAGUUAUACCUUCAAGCUCUGAAAAGCAGAAAAAGUCAGCCGAUGUCAUUUGUGUUACAGAGAAUUUCUUGCAACUCUCUUUAAUGGCUUUAUUCCAUUCAGUAGGUACAUAUACGUACUGAGCGUGGCGCUUGUGCUUCUCAAUUAAUGCAGUCUUCAUCGCACUCCAUAUAAGUGUGCCCCGGCUCUAAGAAUUUAUGGUCCACAGAUUGUAUGACAAAAUUUUGAACAACGUACAUCCAAAAUUUUAAUACAUUCUUAUUCUUAUUUUGGCCCCCGUAGGGCUGAAGGCUAUAAUAUUUUUUGUCGUCUUUGGCAGUUGCUUAACAAACUUCAAUAAACAAGACGCAACCUCGGAAGAUCCGCUACAAGCGAUGCUUUCGUCCCAUGUAUACAUAAAAGCCUUAUUACUGCCAAGGUCGUGGACAGCAAAAUUGUAAGUCCAUAGAGUUCUCAGGUAAUAUACUUUAUUCGUCGUUAAACGAGGUAGUGUUUUUUGAAGGUCGAAGCAAAUGGCCACAGUUUCACCUGCAGACUCUUGAGCAAGCUUCUUCGCCCGUCUUUUUUCUUCCUGUGCAUUCUCUGCUUUGCAUUGAUGAACGUUUUUUUUCUAUUUGUACCUUCCUUCUCUGUUCCUCAUCUCCAGAUUUCAGUAAAAUAUCAAAACUGUCGCAUUUAUUGCAUGUAUCAGUGUGCGAUUGAUGAAAUGGGAGAUUAAAUUCCGUGUUUAUCACGAUAAAGCCACUCUUUAACAGGACGUUUCUCUUGUUCUUCACAAAACUGCAAAUAGCAUUUGUACAUUUAGGUAAGAAGACAGGUAUUUUUUAUUGGGGUUAUCCUUUCUACAAUAGUAACUUGUAUAUCUUGGAAAUCGGUUCAUAUGAUCUUUGACCGAAUCGCGGUUUUCGUCUAAAUUCUACUAGAAUUUGGCGCCUUUCCUCUUCCAUCAAGUGUGACAAACCCGACAUCUGUCUUUUUGUUAACAACUCGUGAGUACCUUCCGUUACUUAUUUUUAACGUUUUUAAAAAGAAAACCUUGCAAACCCUUUGAUUCUUCAAGGUCACACUAACAGAUUUGAACUUAUAUAAUGCAAUAUUGCAUUAGUUUUCUUUCUCAGGGGAGUUUCAAUUUUAACGCAAGACAAGAUAAAUGCAGUCUGUAAAUCCCAACUACCCAGUUCUCAAAAACCGUUAAAAAUUCGCCGUGCGUCUACUUCAGAGAUGUUAUAUACACUUGCAUCGACAAUCGUGGAAAAGGAGGUAAAAUUUUUAGCACCUUUGGGGCUGAUUCCGAUGUCCCACGUAUGCUUUGCCGCUAUUCCGCAACUUUUUUCGCACUUGCUUCUUAUGGCCUUCUAACUCUCUUCUUUCCUUUAUUUUUUAUACCUUCAAUAGUUGGACUGUUUGUGUGGCUCAGUGCUGUCAAUGGCAAAUCGCCACUGUCCUCAGAACCUCUAUCGCUUGAAUCAUUACCAGGAAAAUAUGUUUUGUCACCAUCAGAAUCGUCAAACUCUGAAAGUAAAGUUAGAAAUUAAUAGUUUUAUUUUACGAUUUGAAAUUUGGAUCUGUCUACUGUUAGGGAUAAAUCCCUGGGAUUCGAACCCAUCGAAUUUUUAGAAUGCAAGUCUAACAUUUUACCCAAAACACCGUUUCACUUCAAACGAGGUUGCAGGCAAACAAAGUUUUUUAAACCGUAUACAUGCUGCUGUAAGGGCAGACACUUCCUUUAAAUUUACAACUUCGAACUUUACCUUUAACACUUGGACCUUAUCGGUUUCUUAAUACUGAUAAUGGCAAAUCGUCACUGUCUUGAGUAUUCCCAUUGUUAGAUUUUCUAUCAGGAAAAUUUGUUUUGGAAGUACCCAGGCUCGUUAAAAAUCGAAAACUCUUAAAGUAAGGUUAGAAAUUAAUUUCGGCAAUUUUAAAUUUUUACACGAACAUGUGAUGGUUACAAAUUAGUUAAUAAAACAAACUUACCAUUCUCCAUUUAGUAGAAAAUACGAAGAAUAUUAUUUGAAAGUCACUUUAGUUACUGGCAAAACACUAGAACGUAUUCAAAUAUGCAAGCACUGUUUACUAAUUUAGUAAAUAGAAAAAUGGUAUAAGUGCACUUGUACUACUUUUUCCCAAACGAAAAGACCGUUUAAGAGUUGAGCUUCAGCUAGUAAUUCAUAGAUGGUGCUAGAAUGUUGAAAUAGAACUUGUACCAGUAUACAGUAGUGCACUUAUCUCCAAUUAUGGAAAAAUGUUACUUAUACCACUUUUCCACUGACCCCCCUCAAAUUAUUCAGAAGACAUUAUCAUUUUGCCGUUUUAUAAGAUAAAUGAAUUAAGUAGAAUCAAUAAAACCUUAAGAUUUAAUAUUUAUUAAGCGAUAUUUAGUAUUUAACUGCUCUAUAUGACCACCACCAUGACUAAUAAUACAAUUUAUAUAAUCUUGUUAAAUUUUUUGUAUCAUAUUAAUUAUAAAUUGUUUGAUUUUUGGUAAAUAUAAUUUAUAAUAGGAUUAUUUGUUUCCUAGGAAAUGUCAAACAAUAACAAUGCACCGCCUACCAAGAUCGUCAAUAUUUAAAUGUUUAGAGCCCAAUAUUUCCAAAACGGUUUUAUUAAUAGUAGUUAAACCAAUAUUUAAAAUCAGAAAAUUCCUCUCUUUUUACCUAUAAAGUUACCAGAAGAAAAAAUUGACCAUCUGUCCAAAUUUGACAUAAAAAAGAGAAUAAGCAAUUUUGACAUUGGAUUCAAAAAUUUAAAGUAAAACCCCAAAAUUUUUGUAUACAUUUUUCUUAUUUUCUUUUCACCUAAUCCCUAUAGAGGGGUGGUCCAUAUAUGGAAAAAAACUCUUUACACACUACUUCUAAAAUUAACAAUAAAACUAAUUUAAUUUUUGUACUCGUCCCGAACUAAUUCUUCAAACGGGUCCUAAAAAUCCAACGCUUGUAAAAUAUUAUUUUAAGUUAUGUAGAACCGUAGCUUCCUGUAAGUAUACGCUACAAGAAUACUCAGUUUUUAGGUGUUACGGAAAUAUACCCAUUUUAAAGAUAUACGAGUAACUAUGUCAAAAAUAAAUUAGGUUAUGAUAAUAUUGAUAAUAUAUUUUUCGGCUUUGAAGUUACUAUAGUGGAAAAUAAUAAAAA